CCUCUCCUGGCAGACCCAUUUAUCGGGCAUCCUGAACUGCCUCGCGACGAGGUUGACUUUGGUCGUCUUCACGGUCUGGAUUCAAGUCUUUGGGAACUGAUCCCUUUGCAGUUCCACUAUAGACCUGAGGUGCGCAUUCUGGCUCUGCAGAUUCGCCAGCAUCUCUAUCCUGAAAGCAUUGAUACGUCACCCAUUUGGCAACACAUCGUGGCCGAAAAAGAGGUAUGA